AUGGAGGAGAAGCAAUCAUGCGGUCUUAAUAGCAAGUCUGAUGUUGAGAAAGCAUGGACAGAAAUCGGAGAAAAAGUAAGAUCCACUCCUUCAAUGGUGUUUUCUGUCAUUGGGGAUUCCGACAGCUUUGUUCCCAGACCAUGGUCAAAAUCUGUGUUCCAGACAGCAUUGAUUGAAGCGGCUAAAAGUGCAGGGGACACAUGGAUCCUUUAUCGUGGAUACGACUACGGCGUGUCUUCCAUUGUACGGAGUGCUUAUCGGAAGUACGGGGACAUGGAAUUUCGCGCCAAGAGCCGUGACGUACUUAUGGAUGAUAUGGAGAGACACGUGAAGUUGAUAAGCUUAGCUGGAAAAUCCACAAUCAGCACAGAACCAACAGAAGCCGAAUGUAGCAUUGAACCUACAGACAAAACGUCAUUUUUACUCGACUUUGAGGAAUAUGUUUCGAAGCAAGAAGUUCCUUUUCUCAGUCAAACAAUAGACCUAAAAUUUCCUAUUCCAAUUGUCAUUUUGGCAUGUGAAGGCGAUAUUACUACGAUAGAACAUAUAGCUCGGGCUCUGGAAAGGAAGAUUCCUGUGAUAAUAAUAAAGGGGUCCGGAAAAGCUGCAGAUCUUAUUCUGGAUUAUACAGAAAACAAAACACUUCUCAGAAAGAAAGCAAGUGUUCUUUUUGGAAUUCAAUUUGAUGAGAAUACUUUCCAAUCACUAACAGAACGUUUAGAAGACAUUACAAAAGCAUCUGAUUUGGUUUUUGUCUUUGACGUUAACUGUGACGACCCAUUGAUGCUGGCAAACAUAGCUGGUGAAGCUAUAGUUAGCUGCUGGGCUACGGAGAAAAUACUAAGGAAUAAAAAUAACGACGCAAGUAUGAAAAGUCAACCAGCGACUCACAAGGAUAAGACUUUGUAUCUUCCACAAAGUAAUGGGAGUGUACAUAUUGGUACAACGGUUUCUGUAGUCCAGCUUCGUAAAAGUAAUGCCGUGAUGCCACAGGAUGAGGAAAUCGAAAGAUUAUUUUCGCAACACAGAGAAUCGAGAGCAUAUGUUUUAGACACAAAAUACUCCUCUCCCACCUCUCUACCUUUGUACUUUUAUUUUGAGUACCAGUUUCUGCAGGAACUAGGAAAGUUGAAAGAAUACGGUCAUAUGCUGCUUUUUGAAGCAUUAAUUGCCAAUAGAUGUGAUUAUGUUCGAGUCUUACUAGAUCAGGGAGUUCGAUUUAGACUGUGGAAUUUAUCUGAACUAUAUGAACAGACUGUUUCAUGUAAAGAUUGCCAUUUCGAAAAGGAUGACUGUCUACACAUUCAAUGGCUUCUAAAGCAAAUCGAGGAAAGGAAGGCUGAGGAGUUAUGCUUUACUCACAGAAGAAUUACGAGGAAAAUUCAGGAAAAAGAAAUUAUUACUGAAAGAAACAAAGAAAUUAAAGACCUGAAGGAGGAUCUAAACACCUUUAUUAAAGAUGAUAAAACACAGAAAGAGAUUUCCGAAUCUGCCAAAGGAUUAUGUCGGGAAAUCUUGGGAUACAAAGAUAUGGAGCAAAACUCUAGCUGUGUGAAGAUCUCUGAUAUCCUGCUUUGGGCGAUAUUUGCAAAUCGAAAGGAAAUAGCUGAAAUUUGUUGGCUUCGAACAACAAAUCAAUUAUUGAAGGGCCUCGUCUGUGCUGCAGUCCUGCGAAAACUUUCCAGAAAGGCGGACAACGUAAAGGAACAGAAUCUGUCCACAGAAUUUGCUGAUCAUGCAAAGAUGUUUGAAGACAGAUGUUUGGCAUUAAUGGACGGUAUGUAUGAUGAAGAUAAUAAAAACGCAAUAGAUCUUAUGGAUGACGAGGCAAACGUUUGGGGUAUGAAGUCUAGUCCUCUUACAUUCGCCCACGAAAACUUUAUGUAUGACGUUGUUGCCCACACUUGUUCCCAGAAGAACAUGAACAAACAAUGGUACAACAAUUUAGCUCCAGACUUAAAACCAUUUCUUAAGUCUGUGUUUUGGAAACCAAGGAUGUUUUUUACCGCUCCUCUGACAAAAUACAUGUUCAACUACUUCAUGUUCAUGUUCAUGCUAGUGAUGUACAGUGCAUUUGUGUUGACACAUAUUGGUUCCGAGAUUGACUCACUUGAUACAGAAAACUUCUUUGAAUAUUAUGUCUACUUCUGGGGAGCUGGUGACCUCAUUGAAGAACUUAUAAGCUGCUUUGGCUGUUUGGAAUCAAGAGGUCGAUCUCACCGCGGAUAUUACUCUAGACUGAAGAGAUAUCUGUACGACUUCUGGAACGUGGUGGAUAUUCUGUCCUAUGCCUUUUUGAUCACAGCAUUGUUUGUACACGUUUAUCAUCCCUCCGCUGAUUUUACUGUAGCAAGGAGAAUAUUUUCCCUGUCUCUUCUUGUUAUGUACUUGAGGUUUCUUGAAGUUUUUCUAGUGGACAGGAGAAUGGGACCAACUCUACUCAUGAUAAAAGAAAUGCUGAAGGAUCUCCUCCGAUUCCUUGUUCUGGUCGUGUUUGUUGUACUUGGUGUGGGAAUAUACUACCACGCUAAUUUAUGGCCAGACCACCCAACUAUUUGGAAUGGAGACUUGCACAACUGGAGGAUUUGGAAGAUAAUUUAUUAUCCUUACUGGCAAUUAUAUGGGGAAACGAACAAUAACCUUUUGCAAGGGGAACUCAAAGACUGUACUAACGAUACAAGCAUUUGGAAGACAGACUUGUCUAAAGAGCGAUGUCCCAAGGAGGACUGGACCGUCUCAGCCGUAGCCGCUUUAUACAUGCUGUUUUCAAACCUACUUUUGGUGAAUCUUGUUAUUGCCAUGUUCAGUUAUACAUUUGAAAAAGUCCAGAACAAUGCUGAAAAACUUUGGAAGUUUCACAGAUAUACGGUCAUCAAUGAUUAUGAGUGGAGAAUCCCCUCUCCUAUCAAUUUUCUUUUUCUUCCUUACCGACUUUGCUGCUGCCCUGGACGAAAAGUUGCAUGUAAAGACAAAUUAAGAGGCGAAGACAUCUCGAACUGUACCAAUAUAACAUCCGUCUGGGAAGCCGAUACCUCAAUCGACCGUUGCCCACAACAAGACUGGACAGUGUUAGCUAUCUCAGCUUUUUACAUGCUCUUCUCUAAUCUUCUGUUGGUCAAUCUGGUGAUUGCCAUGUUCAUGAACUCUGAAACCAAGCAAGUGACCAUUCUUUUCGUGAAAAAGAAGUCCGUCCACAAGAAAGAACGAGACCAAAAACGCUGGAAUGAAUUUCAAUCUAGGCACGUGUCUGCCAUGGAAUUACCAAUCAACAGCAUUGAAUCUCAGGCUGAGUUUCUAUUCGCGAUAAAUUCCCUGUCUACAAAGCCUUUAGGUGACCAACAACGCAAGAACACAAUAUUAACUGACAAAGUGCGGAAUUUCAAGAAAACAAUUGAGAGCCAGCAAGAACAACUUACAUCCUUAGAGAGUAAACUCUCAGCUGCGUUGAAGAAAAACAAGGAUGAAAAAGAAAGAAAGAAAAUAUUUGUUGAUGACCUGGAAGACAAACUGAACGACGCGCGAACAAAGAACAAAGCUCUGGAAAAGAAGAUUGGACAAAUGGACACAGAAAUUUUUGAACUGAGAGAAGCCCUUCGGUCCGUGUCAAAUCGGCUGGUAGCAAAGGAGCGUUAG